GUGAGCCGGUCCGUGUGUGUGAUGACCAAUCAGGUCGUCUCCAAGCUGCUGAGGUCCAAGGAGGCGUCGGCAGCUGUGGACGUCCGGAUGUGGCCCCCCGUUAUAGACACAGAUGAUUUGCCAAAGAAGAAACCUCCUCUGCUGUUCAAACCGUCCAACCCUGACAUGCUGGCCUACCUGGACUUCAGCGUCUCCACCACCGGCAUGCUCGCUGGAGUCAAAAUGUCUCACACAGCCACCAGUGCCUUCUGCCGCUCCAUCAAGCUGCAGUGUGAGCUCUACCCGUCCAGAGAAGUGGCCAUCUGCCUGGACCCGUACUGCGGCCUGGGCUUCGUCCUCUGGUGCCUUUGCAGCGUGUACUCAGGCCACCAGUCCAUCCUGAUCCCUCCGUCRGAGCUGGAGGUGAACCCGGCUCUGUGGCUGUCUGCGGUCAGUCAGUACAAGGUCCGGGACACGUUCUGCUCCUACAGCGUCAUGGAGCUCUGCACUAAAGGUCUGGGUCUGCAGACCGACUCCCUGAAGGCCCGGGGACUGGACCUGUCCCGUGUGAGGACCUGCGUGGUGGUAGCAGAGGAGCGGCCCAGGAUAGCCCUGACCCAGUCCUUCUCCAAACUCUUCAAGGACCUGGGACUGCACCCGCGGGCCGUCAGCACCUCCUUCGGCUGCAGAGUCAACCUGGCCAUCUGCCUGCAGGGCACAUCUGGACCCGACCCCACCACUGUGUUUGUGGACAUGAGGGCGCUGCGACACGACAGGGUCAGAUUGGUAGAGAGGGGGUCUCCACACAGUUUGUCUCUGAUGGAGUCUGGGAAGAUCCUGCCCGGGGUCCGAAUCAUCAUCGCCAACCCAGAGACCAAAGGCCCGAUGGGAGAGUCUCACCUGGGCGAGAUCUGGGUCCACAGCGGCCACAACGCCAGCGGUUACUUCACCGUCUACGGAGACGAGCUGCUUCAGUCGGACCACUUCAGCGCCAGGCUCAGCUUCGGGGACACGCAGACCGUUUGGGCCCGGACCGGGUACCUGGGCUUCCUCCGCAGGACCGAGCUCACCGACGCCAGCGGAGAGCGUCACGAUGCUCUGUAUGUGGUCGGCGCUCUGGAGGAAGCCAUGGAGCUGAGGGGGAUGAGGUACCACCCCAUCGACAUCGAGACCUCCGUCAUCAGGACCCACAAGAGCAUCACGGAGUGCGCCGUGUUCACGUGGACCAACCUGCUGGUGGUGGUGGUGGAGCUGGASGGCUCCGAGCAGGAGGCCCUGGAUCUGGUCCCUCUGGUCACCAACGUGGUUCUGGAGGAGCACUACCUGAUCGUGGGCGUGGUGGUCGUGGUCGACAUCGGCGUCAUCCCCAUCAACUCCCGCGGCGAGAAGCAGCGCAUGCACCUGCGGGACGGCUUCCUGGCCGACCAGCUGGACCCCAUUUAUGUGGCCUACAACAUGUAGCGCCCCCCGGAGGACGAAACCGAGACGAGCUCAGAGGAGGAGGCUGUGGACCUGUUCUGCCCUGGGUUCUGACUUUCAGGUCACAGUUUGUUCUGAAUAUUCUUCAGAUUCCAGGAGAACUGAAACUUAGCAAAGAUUCUGGCUUUUACACGUUUAAAUCACCUUUUUUUUUAAACAUCUCUCAAGAGUUUAGCCUAUUUUUUUAAAAACAAGAUUGUGUUUUUACAAUAUCAACCAUCAGAAAGUGUGAUAUGUUUUGAUAUGAGGGGGGUGGGGUUUAGGGGAAGCAAAUCGUAGCCGAUCCUUGGUUUUGGUACGUUCAUUUCAUUUUUUUAAUAUAGUUUUUUUAAACCAAGUGGCCCAUUUCAGCAGCCUUUAUUUUUCACACAAAUCCCAGAACUCAUAUCAUGUAAGUAUGUACAAAAAGAAACUGAUUUAAUUUAUUUUGUUCUCUUAUAGAAAGUUUAUGAAGAGACGCUCUUAAAUAUUUGCUUAAAAUAGAGCAUCGUAUUAUCUUGAGUGAAAAGGAUUCAUGUCAAGAAUAUUAAAAAAAUACAAAUAUAUGAUGAUAGUUUAUAUUAAGAGGUGAGGAUUAAUUGUGGUUACGUCUGUCUGCGUUUUGGGCUGAAAUGUGACACUUUGAGGAGUUUUUUCCAGUUUCUGAAAGAAAAGUACUGAUCAAAUGUUUUUAAAUUUUUUUUUGAAAUGUGACUUAUUUUUAUUAAAACAAGUAGUGCAACAAGUGAAAAACCAAAAGAAGAUUCACUAAAUAGAUGAAAAUUGGAUUUCUUUUUAAAUUAUGCAGGACUUUUCUGCCCUCUGGUGGAGACAGAAGGUAUUACAGUAAACCCAAACUUUGGAUUAAACUUCAUGCAGAACCGACCUGGUUUUCAGAGAUGCUGCAAACUGUAAAUAUCAGAGGGAUUCAUAUUUUUACACAGAUGAUUCAGGGCUCACAGUGACGUCAACGACACGAGGAGGGAAAGUGUUUUUAUCAGAGACCCUUUAAGAGCUGCAGAGAAUGUUCUGGUUUCAACCUGUAAGGAUUAUUUCCUGUUUUUGUUUUUAUAAAUAAAGCACUUUCAAUAUUUUUCUUUAAAGUAAAAUGUCAAGUUUUUUUAAGUUUUAAAAAUAUGUUGUCAUGGCUUUCAUUUCAAUAAACAAUUUUGACAAUAAAAA